AUGAAAGCAUUGAAACCUUGGAAACAGCCAAAUAAAGCUGAUAUCAUAUUAGAAUAACACAUAAUGAUGAGGAGGUUACUUAGUUUGGAAAAUAAAAUAUUUGUUAACUUGAAUUAGCAAAUGAAAGAUUUCAAAGUACAUCAAGAAAUCAUUGAAAAUCGAAAAAAGUGGUUUCUCUAAUAAUACAAUUUUUCUCAUAGAUAGAACAAAAGUAAGAUAUACUAGGCAGCAACUGAUAAAAUUAGCAAAUCAAAAUCAAGUAAAUUAAUGCAUUAAUGA